AUGGAAGUGAUCAGAUCGUCUCCCGCGCGGACCACCGCAACAGCCGUGAGGAGCACGGGGCGACAGGACACGUCAUCAACGUAUCGGAUGAAGAAGGACUGCCUGUCUUUCCUUGUCUCGUUGAAGGAGGGAUUUCAGUAUGUCAAGGCCUCCAUUUUUGGUCAGGCUAAGAAGUUGACCGCGAGAAACGAGAGGGAAGCGACUCAAGCCGACCUCAAGGCUGAGAAGAUGCAGGUUGACGCUGCUAAUGCUGCUGAGGACGCCAAAGCCAGGAUUCAAAAGUCUGCCUAG